AUGUCCUCCAUCGCUGCAUUGACGACUAUCCCGAGUGAUCCCAACGACCCAGCCAUCAAGCCUAGAAGCGUGGCCUGUGUGACAUUGCUGGUGAGUCACGGCACGAGUAUCAACUCAGCAACAUGGGAGCUCUUGGAGACCCACUUGAACGGAGAUGACAUCCUGACUCCGGAAGGGGUGGCAUGGGUACUGGCAGAGACCACGGAGCAUUGCUGUCUCCUCUCGCUGUCUGGGGAUGCUGAGCAAGAGGCGUGGGGGCUGGAGAGCGGAGGUUAUUUUUAUGGUGCGCACAUGCUGCGCGAUGCUGCAGAUGACAAGGCCGUAAUUUUACGGCGAUGCAAGGACCGGCCCUUCAGGACAGCCAGCCAGCUAUGCCAGCGAGGCCUUGAGAAGAGAGACCAAUUUACUUCUCAGCCAAUUCUCCCCAUGGCUACCAUGCCCAGAGACCCUGACGAUCCAGCGGUGCAGCUUGCGCAUGGCAGAGGUCUCCGAGAUGGAGUCACGGAACUGGAGGCUGAGGCCAUCAAGUGCCACCUUGUGUGA